AUGAUCAAGGCCUACAAGCCAGUAAGAGCGCUGCGCUCUACUACCUCGGGUUUCGUCUGUGUCCCGAAUUACAAGGGCUGCAUCUCUCGGACCCGCCUCUUCUCACUAACAGAAAAGGAGUCUACACUCAAAAUUGCUGAGCGGGAGCUUUUGGAAGAAGACCAACCAAAGGGCAAAAAGAGAAAGAGGUUACCCAACAAACUCUACCUUAACACCCAGGAAGAAUCUGUAGGCCUAGUUGCCAAAAAGAAAAACUACAAACUCCUUGCGGCAAGACGGUCUGAAUUAGAGGUUUUCUCCCAAGACGAACCUAACCUCAGCUCAGAGGACACUGAGACACUUGCGGAUGAGAUCAAGGCUCUCAAGGAAGAAAAUCAAAGACUUCGUGAACAGCAAAGUGGAGAAUCUUCUGCAGCCACCAAAGACCUCGAGAGCCAACUCAAGGCUUUGAAUAAAGAAAACACAAGGCUGCGCAAAAUAGCAGUAAAGGAAAUCCCAUCACUUCUGGCGGCUGUCAGGACCCUCAUUGCGGACAAGGUCACCAGCAGCUCCAGCUAUGAAGGGGAAAGUGAAUAUGAGGCCAGUGCUGCUACACCAUCAUCUGCUACACCAUCACCUCCUCAACCCACAUCUCCCACACCUCCCAAACCAACAACAGUGAAACUAGGGAAUGAUGACUCCACCAGAGUGUCUGCCCAUUGUUGGGAGACCGCAAAAGCACAACCCACAGCGAAAGGAAUGGCCCGCACCCUCCUGCUGGGCCUGUUCAGCAUUGAUGUCCUAUUGAAGUCCAACCUGACAGGAGGGGUCAACAAGGUCGAUCCAUCUGCAGAGAGACGUCAACCUCUAGACCCAACGAAGCUUAAAGCUUUACUUGAUGCAGUUGUGCAGAAACAUCCGGGGGUCAAGAUUUCAGAAAUAAGAACGGCCCUUAACAAAAGGAUUUGUGAAUUACGGCACCAGCAGAAGAUAAAGUCCACGGUCAACUGA